AUGCCGGGCGCGUCUUUUAAGUAUGGCAUGCCGCUGCUGUGCGCCGCUUGGCCCCCCGGAGACGCCCUGUGCAUUGGCGGGGGCGGGGGGGCCACGUCGUCAGGGAUUACGAACAGGCUGGUGUUUGCAGAGUUCAAGGACGGCGACUUGUCUGAUCAACAAGAUGAGCUGAAAUUUGACAAAGACAAACUGCCCUUGAGGUGUGCACUGCACCCCACCACCAACAACCUCUUGGUCGCGUUGGGUCAUGGAGGCAUGAAACUCAUCAAAUGGGAAUUCGAGAGUGACAAGCGAGAAGCUUCUAAGAAGCAAGUGCAAGAUGUGGAUGCCUUCUCGCAGCUUGAAGAGGUGUCAUGCAUGGCCUUCAGUAAGGAUGGCAAACUGCUGUGUGCUGGCUUCGAGCGUGGCUCGUUUGUUGUCUGGGAGUGGCCUGAAAUGAAACAAAGGGCCAGAUGUAGAGAAGAUGCUGAGGACUUCAGCAGCUUGAAAGACAUUGACAUUUACUGUGAUGGAGAUGCCUGCACCCUUGCCACCACAACUGAAAAUGGCCGCUGUGAGAUUUGGGAUGUUGGAAGCAAGAAAUUGGGCACCUGGCUUGACAAGCUGAAAGCUGGUCUGAAGGCGCCAAGAUUUGGACACUGCAAGUUUUCAUCCCCAGGUUUGGGCCCCAGAGUGCUGUAUACGACUGCCAACUCGGGUCUGGGGGCACACAUUUGUGCAUGGCGGGUGUCAUCGUGUCAGGAUGCUGUCAUGGUGCGAAAGGCCAAAAUUUUUAGUGAACCAUGUAGUGCUUUCAGCAUCAGUGACAACGGGAGCAUGCUGGCAGCUGGUUGCAGCAAUGGCACUGUUGCGGUGUAUGCAUCAGCGAGCCUGCUGCCUUUGAGGUUGGUCCCAAAUGCACACAUGAUUUUUGUCACAGGUAUAACUUUUAAGCAGCCAAGCAGGGAGGCUGGGCACAAGACUGAUGACUGUGGUGUGCUGUCCAUCAGCGCGGAUGCCAGUGCUCGUGUGACACUGGUAAAACCAAUGAAUGAUGUGCUCCUCAGGUUGUCCAUUUAUUGGCCAUUUGCCCUUCUGCUGAUUCUGAUGCUGGUGUAUGUGGCUUAUCAACUGUCAAGACAACAGCCGCUUCUGCCAGAAGACAAACAGGAGUUGUGA